AUGGCCGAAAUAUCCAUGACCGGUCAAGACCUGCAUCAGAUAGAACGUUAUCGGCCACACCCAUCUACCAGACCAACGCCCCUUGUCGAGGAUCAAUCGCCUGGGCCAAAUAGCUCCUUGACUCAGAUCGAGGCGAUCCUGUCAAAGUCGCAACUUACUCUAACCUAA